AUGUCUGAUAUCAAAACUGCCGGUUUCCAAAGCUCUGAAGUCUUUGCCACUCUCAAACAAUCACUCGAUGCUCUUCCUGCCGAUGGUAAGGCCAAGCUGAUCAAGCAAGUCAAUGGCAUCUUUGAGUUCGUUGUAAAGAAUGCCGAGGGAAAGACUGAGACUUUCACUGUGGAUCUCAAGAAGGAUGGGUCUGUUGUCAAGGGAAAGGGCGCCAACAAGCCUGAUGCUAUCAUCUCUAUUGCUGAUGCCGACUUUGUUCAAUUAGCUUCUGGUAAAUUGAAUGGUCAAAAGGCCUACAUGUCUGGUAAGCUCAAGAUCAAGGGCCAAAUGAUGUUGGCUACCAAGCUUGAUACCGUCUUCAAGCAACUUGCUGGUGACAAGUCCAAGUUGUAA